AUGUCCAACGGAGAGUUGGUGCCUUCUGGUGUAUCGAAUGACAAUAAAGAGAUUAUUUUAGGGACGAAUGUGCAUGUCACGUGUUACGAUAUCACGGAGCCACAUGUCGACGAUGAGGAUUCAGGCGACAAAGAAGCUUCCAUGGCCAGCAUCUUGGCUAGAUAUAGGAAGACUAUGGUUCAGAGGAGUCAUCAUCACUUAGGUUUUCCUAUCAAUCAGGACUUAGAUUAUGGAGCUUUAACACAGUUACAAGAUUUCUGUAUAAACAACUUAGGAGACCCAUUCAUUGAAAGCAACUAUGGCGUUCAUUCUCGAGAAUUUGAAAUAGGCGUUUUGGAUUGGUUUGCCAAUCUUUGGGAAAUCGAGAAGAGUGAUUAUUGGGGAUACAUCACAAGCGGUGGAACAGAAGGAAAUCUUCAUGGUAUUCUUGUUGGUAGAGAAGUCCUUCCAGAUGGAAUACUCUAUACAUCAAGAGAAUCGCAUUACUCUGUUUUCAAAGCAGCAAGAAUGUAUAGAAUGAAGUGCGUUGAGGUUGAUACUUUAAUCACCGGUGAGAUUGAUUGUGUCGAUUUCAAAGCCGGGCUGCUUGCUAACAAGGACAAACCCGCAAUUAUUAAUGUUAACAUAGGAACAACUGUUAAAGGAGCUAUUGAUGAUCUUGACCUUGUCAUAAAGACUUUAGAAGAAUGUGGAUUCUUACCUGAUAGAUUUUAUAUUCAUUGUGAUGGAGCUCUAUUUGGGAUUAUGAUGCCAUUUGUCAAAUGUGCAUCUAAAAUUACAUUCAAGAAGCCAAUAGGAAGUGUGAGCGUUUCCGGCCAUAAGUUUGUGGGAUGCCCAAUGCCUUGUGGAGUUCAAAUAACAAGGAUGGAACACAUCGACACUCUCUCAAGAAAUGUCGAGUACCUUGCCUCUCGAGACUCCACCAUUAUGGGAAGUAGGAACGGACACGCUCCAAUCUUCCUGUGGUACUCAUUAAACAGAAAAGGUUAUAAAGGGUUACAAAAAGAAGUAGAAACAUGCAUAAGAAAUGCUCAUUACUUGAAAGACCAGCUUGUGGACAAUGGGAUUAGUGCCAUGCUCAAUGAGCUGAGCAGCACCGUGGUGUUUGAGCGACCAUUAGAUGUGAACUUUGUGAGGCGGUGGCAAUUACUUGCUUGCGAGAGAAACAUGGCGCAUGUUAUUGUGAUGCCCAAUGUGACUAUUGAGAAGCUUGAUGACUUCUUGAAGGAAUUAGUGAAGAAACGCAAAGAUUGGUACAAAGAUGGGGGUGUUCCGCCACCUUGUCUUGCAUCGGAUAUAGGGAGUAAGAAUUGUCUUUGUCCUUUCCACAAGUAG